GAGGGGGCAGCACUUCUGACGCCAGUGAGAGAGAGAGAGAGAGAGAUGCGAGGAAUGUGGCGCUAAUGAGAAAACAGCGCUGCUGGAACGCAACGCGCGAGCAGUCAGGAAAAGCAGAAGGAAAAGAAGAGUUGGAUGAGGAGGAAGACUGAGGAAGACUGAGGAAGAUCCCCACGCAGUAAACACGCAUGGAAAGGAUUGUUGUUGAGUGUUAUUGGCAGAGCUGUGCGGGGAUUUUCUGACGCUCCCCAUGCGGAGAUUUGAGCUUGCGGAUUCGUGUCGGCUCGGCUGAACCAUGCAGAGGCUGCUGCAGCUUCUCCUGAGUCUGGCGCUCACUUCUCACACGGUGUGGAUGGCCCGGUUCUCUCAGGAGCCAGCAGAUCAAUCGGUGGUUCUGGGCCAAAGAGUGGUCCUGUCCUGCGUGGUCUUCAAUUACUCAGGCAUUGUGCAGUGGACUAAGGAUGGGCUGGCUUUAGGCAUUGGAGAAGACCUUCGAGCUUGGCCGAGAUACCGUGUGUUGCGACUGGUGGAUGUGGGGCAGUACAAUUUGGAGAUCUCAUCGGCCGAACUCUCAGAUGACUCUCUCUAUGAGUGCCAGGCUACAGAGGCUGCCCUGCGCUCCCGCAGAGCCAAACUCACCGUUCUCAUUCCCCCUGAUGAGCCGGUUAUUGACGGCUCCCCAGAGAUCCUUCUCACUGCAGGGGUUUCCUACAACUUGAGCUGCGUGACGCGUGGAGCCAAACCCCCUGCAGUUAUAGAAUGGCAAAAAGACGGGCUGCCUGUAGAGGGGGCAGUCAGUACAACGGAGGUGCUACCUGAUAGGAAGCGAGUAACCACGCGCAGCUUCCUGCCCGUUGUCCCAGUGGACACAGACACAGGAAAGAACUUCACAUGCGUGGCCACCAACCUGGCUGCGCCCUUCGGCAAACGUACCGCCGUCACCCUCAAUGUGCACCAUCCUCCUGUGGUGGUGUUAUCCAUUGAACCACGCUCUGUGCUGGAAGGAGAGAGAGUGACAUUCACCUGCCAAGCCACUGCCAACCCCCCAGUUAUGGGCUACAAAUGGGCUAAGGGCGGAGUGGUCAUCCAGGGUGCGAGAGAGAGUGUGUUUGUCACUAAAGCUGACCACUCUUUUUUCACCGAGCCUGUUUCUUGCCUAGUGUUCAACGCUGUGGGGAGCACCAACGUCAGCAUACUAGUGGAUGUCCACUUUGGUCCUAUCUUGGUGGUAGAGCCAAAGCCAGUGACAGUGGACAUCGAUUCUGAUGUCACGUUGAACUGCAAGUGGGCAGGCAACCCCCCUCUCACCCUCACAUGGACAAAGAAGGGGUCCAGCAUGGUGCUGAGUAACAAUAACCAGCUCUAUUUGAAGUCAGUGAGCCAGGCUGAUGCUGGCCAAUAUGUGUGUAAGGCCAUAGUGCCCAGGAUUGGAGUGGGAGAAACAGAGGUCACUCUCACUGUCAAUGGUCCCCCCAUUAUAUCCAGUGAGCCAGUCCAGUACGCAGUCAGAGGAGAGAGAGGCGAGGUCAAGUGUUACAUCGCCAGCACUCCUCCACCGGACAAGAUUGUGUGGGCGUGGAAGGAGAACGUGUGGGACAAAGAGAAGGGGACUCUACCAGAACGCUACACUGUGGAACAGAGUAAGCCGUCCUCUGAUGGAGGAGCAGUGCUGUCUACUCUCACCAUCAACAAUGUCAUGGAGUCUGACUUCCAAUCCACCUACAACUGCACGGCCUGGAACGCAUUCGGCCCAGGAACCAUGAUCAUCACUCUGGAAGAGACCGAAAUUGUCCCAGUUGGUAUCAUUGCAGGCAGCACUGUAGGCUGCUCUAUUCUGCUGUUGCUCUGUCUGCUGGCAUUAGUCCUGUUCCUAUAUCGUCAACGGAAAGGAAGUCGCCGUGGGGUCACUCUUGGUAAGCCAGACAUCAAGGUGGAGACAAUAAAUAAAGAAACCCACAGCUUAGAGGAAGACUCAGCCAGCGUCUCCACAGCAAGCCGCAUGGUCAAGGCUAUGUACUCGUUUUUGCCCUCUGUGACCCUUUCUCCCUCCUCUCAGCCUUUUAAAGAUGACAUUGAUAUCAAACCGGACCUGCGCAGUGACACCUUGGACACGCGUCAGGACUAUGAGAUCAAGGACCCAACAAAUGGCUAUUACAACGUGCGGGCUUCCACCCAUGACGAGGGCCGUCCUGCCUCCCGCUCCAUGCACUACUCUGACUAUCGGACCGCCACUGCACCAGGCGGCGCUGCAACUGUUAGUGGUAGCUCAGGCACUGGAGCUACAGCAGGUCCUGGAACGCCGAGCAGCUUGGCUCCUGGGUCACGAGCUGGCUGCUAUGACCCUAGACCUCCUUCCAGGCUCAGCUAUGCCCAGUUCAACACCUUCAGCAGACCAAGUCAGUCUCAGCAGCCUCCGCCCAGCUCCGGGCCUCAGACAGGCGACUUUCCAGCUGAAUGCAGUCUCCUAGACUCGACACCACAGUUACCAUACGAGAACUACAGCUACCCAUCGCACUACCCUACGUAUCGUCUUGGCUUUGCUCCUCCCAGCCUCGCUCCAUUAGAAAGCGGCGCAGCAUAUGAGAUGUACAGCGUGGGGCAAAGUGUAAGCGUCGGAGGCACUGCUGCACCCCCGGAGAGUGGACUCGGGAAGUAUGGUAGCUCCACACGUUUUUCCUACACCUCGCAGCAUUCCGACUAUUCCCACCGACACACACAGAGGAUGCAGACGCACGUGUGAAGGAGGAGCAUAAUGCCACACUGCGCUGCUCUUCCUCACUUCAGCACACACACUUGACCACAUGCUCACAAACAUACACAGGAGGAAGUUGUAAAGAAAGGGAGAAUGAGUGGUAGGAAUCAGAUCAGAAAGCACAGAAGAGAGAGUGGGAGGGAAAUUGAGAGAUGAGGGAAUUCUCUUUUCAGCUUUUUCUGCUUAUUUCCUCAGCUCGAGGAGCUGAUAGCGAAAGUCACAAUCAAGAUGAAAAAAAGUAGCAUUAAUGAAGGAUCUAAGAUCUUCAAAAUUCUGACUGUAUAGGUGUGAAUAUCUUGGAGUUAGCAUGGCCACAGACACAUCUUGAGAACUGAUGAAAGCUUCUGUGUCUGUCUGUGACAAAAACUACAUGGCAGCGGUGGUCAUGGAAGACUUUUGUAUGAAUUCUUGUUAAUGGCUUCUUCAACUCGUCUCCACACCUUUACAAGGCAAAUACAAGAAAGCAAUAUAACAGAGAUUACACCUACAGUAGACUUACAGUGGUUCAAUGAUGAGUCCUAAACAGUCUUACAGAAUUUUAUUAAUUCCUCACAAUCAACCAUGAGCAAAGCACCAAACAAAGCACAACACUAUAUGACCAUAUAUCCUUGGUUACCAAAGCAUUAGGGGUGUAACGAUACGGCACAUCAUAUUCUAUCAUUCGAUACGAGGCUCUCGAUUCGAUAUGUCAGUACUUUCAACAGGCUGCCUAGUCUUAGUUCAGUUCAGUUCAGUUUUCUGCUAAGCAUUCUGUUUUUCAUGAGCUAAUACGCUAGCAUACUAGCAUAUUAGCUCAAGGAAAGCAGCCAUGGCUACCAUCAACAGCAAGCAGGAACUGGAAAAUUCCUACAAAUCUGUAAGUCCUGUUGUUCAGGAGCACUUUGGAUUCCCAGUGACUUAAAACUCUGAUGACCAGUGACCUAAAGCUUCUGUGUCGGUUGGUAGAACUAGAUGAAAACACGCAGCAACGCACACACACACACACAUCUCUCUGCUGAUUUAGUACAGGUUACAGAAAAUCACAGCAGAGUUUGGGAGCUGCAGAUAUGAGACCCUGCUUGGUAAUGGAGAACGCAGGAUUCAAAAACAUGUUUGCGCUACAGAGAGCUGUGUGACACUGAGUGCACAACUAUCCAACAGCAGAAUUUGAAAUUUAAAAAAAAAAAAAAACUGUGCUUCAGAGAAACUAGAGCUAAUGUUUAAUUAGACAUUUAAUUUUAUUACAUCCUCAUGCACAGUUUUUGUUUUUUUAUAUGCUGCUACGAGUCUGAAUGGAUCACACAAACACUGUCAUUGUUGCAUUUCAGUUAUUGUACUUUUAUAAUGUUUUAAUCAGUGGAAAAUGGAAACCUAAGACACAUAUUCAGACAAUGCUUAUUUUCACUGUAUUGAAAAUGUAUUGCAUCGAGACACCACCGUAUCAAAAUCGUGUCAGAUUUGAAUUCUCUGUGUAGUUACACCCCUACAAAGUAUGUGUGAUCAAUUGGACACUAGGUGAUGAAAGGUCAAUACACUUACCUGCUUUACCUGUUAAUUAGUAUCUAGUCGGUAUUCUAGAUUGCUAAGCUACCUCAUGAAGUGGGCUACAAGCCUUAUCAUUUAGAACAAUUAUAGGUACAAAAAAAUAUGUGGUUCAGUUACCUUUUAUUACAAAGUUGUCUCUGGCAGAAUGCUUUCAUUCUCAUUAAUGAAGUUGCAACUCGUAUCAUUGAAUUAAAGCACUUUUGAACAUUUUUGUUGAUAUAAAAAUAGACGCAUAAGGAAGGAAAAGAGACCAGUUCAGGAAGCCAUCAGCCAUGGCCAAUGACAGCUAUUUUUCUUUCUUUCACUCGUUCUCUCCUUCUUUCUUUUACUUUUCAUGAUGGGACAAACCAUUGGGUUGGCACAUCAGUUGGUGGAGUAUAUAGUGGGAUGUGCAAAGGGGCAUCAUAGUAAACCAUAUAUUUUUUCAAAUUGUUUUUACAUGGCGAUUAGUUGAUCUUCGAGCACAUACAGUAUAGCUGCGUAUAUAUACAGUAUAUGUGUGUCUAUAUAUAUAUAUAUAUAUAUAUAUAUAUAUAUAUAUAUAUAUAUAUAUAUAUAUAAUAUGUGUCUGAGUUCCCCACUCGUUUCCAUGGUGCUUUGUAGUGGGGUCAUUGUUUGCACUGCAUUCCAGUAUUCUAGCAUAGAUUAUUACCCUUAUAAUCUACCUGUAAUCUCUCAUUUGCACACUAGGCUAGAGUGUUUUGACUAGUCCCGAAAUACAGAAUUAUUUUUUUUCUCUCAUAUUUCUGUAAAGAAUUGUGGACCAAAGGUUCAUCGUUAGAGUGUCAGUCUUUAUUUAGGUGAUAUUCACCUCAACAAACAAGGAAAUAUGCAGAUUUGUUUGUGUUUGUUGUUUCUGGACUCAACAGUAAUAACGGUGACAAAAAAGGUAUUUUGAAGGGUAUGGGACUGCAAAAGAUUAAAAAAAUUUAUGACCCAGCCUUAGGUACACAUACUGAUCUUAGAUCAGGCUGCUAUGUCAUCACCUUGUUGUAAGUCAUCAUAAUGAACCAAGUGGAGCUGAUCUUGUUGUCAGUUCUUGGAUGGAUUUCUUGACAGUUUUGGGUUCCCAGGGUCUAUCCCAGAGAACAGAAUGUUUAUACAUAUAUAUAAUUAUGUGAAGUUUAUCAAUACCUAAUACAUUGGGGACUGUUCCCACACACGAUAUCACAAAGACACACCUGCUACUUGUGCCAAACACAGACACCUAAGUUGGAGGAAGCAUUUUUUUUUUUUUUUGACCAGUAAAAGUCAGACUUGGUCUAUGGAUAUGAAACCAGACAGGUUUUGAAGGAUGUAAACAUCAUGAUCAUGUCGAUGGUGAAAAUGAAGACAAUCCGUCUCAUAAUGGUUCUCCAUCACGGAACAGUGAGGUACUGUCUACACCUGUCAUCUGAGUUUCAAUGCCUUUCAAUUGAAGGAGUCUUGUAAAUACUUUCCCAUGUGUUACUCCUAUUUCAAGUAUUAUUUUAUAUCAUUCAGUGUGAUGCACUCUUUAAAUGCAGUAUUGUUACAUUUCAACAGUGUAAGGGAAAAUUGGCAGAAGGACUAAGGUUUGGCAAUGGAUUUUAAAGAUUUUAUGACCUGAGGUAAAAAAAACAAAAAAAAAAAAAAAUAAUGAGCUUUGUUCGUUAUACUUGGCUGGAGUCUAGUGCGGUGCCAAAGAGCAUUCAACAGAACAAGAUGCUCAUCAUCAACAGAUAGCACCUUUAUACCUGCCUGUGCUGCCCAUUAGUAUGUCCUUAUGGUACAUUUGGUUACUUUGCGCAGUUGACAGAGAAAGAAGUGUCUGGGAGGUAUGACCUAACCUACGUUUGAGGACAUGACCUUCCUCCAGCUUCCUUCUCAAAGGACUGAAGCUCCAUGAGGACUAAAAGAGGGAUAUAUGAAUAUGUGUGUUGAUUUUAAAAAAAGAGUGGCCUUAGGAAAACAUGACUUUUAUAAUCCAACACUUUAUAUGCCAAUUUAAGGCUGGAGGAGAAUGAUGUGUGCGUGUGUGUGUGAGUGUGUGUGUAUCUCUUUGUGUACAAAUAUCUUUAUGUAAUCCUUUACUUCCCUAAAGUUCCUGCUCCAAUACUUUUAUUCUGCUGGUAGGACUGUAUCCUGUAUACUUGUGUCUUAGAAAGCAAAUGUUGACCUUACUGUACUGUUCUUCAUAGUUGAAGCAUUCUACAGAUGUACAACAGAAGUUAAUGAAUUUUCAUUUUUUUUAUUUCAUUAUCUUUUUUUCCCAAUAUUUUUUUAAAAAUGUUAUGUAAUUAUUUUUUCACAGUAUAUCAAAUAAAAGCACUGUUUUUAUAAGAA